AUGACUUCCUUAGCCCCAAACGGCACACUGCCGUCCUUAGAAGAUAACUCAACAGACAACGAAUACACGCCGUACGGCGACCGGUUGGAGACUUACCUGGUGCCCGUGAUAUUCGCCAUCAUCUUCGUGGUCGGUGUGCUGGGGAAUGGAACACUCGUCAUUGUGUACGUCAGGCAUAGGGGCAUGAGGAACGCACCGAAUACAUACAUAUUCUCCCUGGCGCUAGCAGACUUGCUAGUGAUUCUCAUCUGCGUGCCGUUCGUAUCCAUCAUUUACACGCUGGAGUCGUGGCCAUGGGGCGCGCUCAUCUGCCGCAUUUCUGAGGCAGCCAAGGAUGUCAGCAUCGGAGUGUCGGUGUUCACUCUGACAGCGCUCUCGGCGGAGCGUUACUGCGCUAUCGUCAACCCUUUUAGGAAAUUACAGCUCCGGAAGCUACCACUGGUCUGCGCAACCUUCAUAUGGGCAGCAGCGCUCAUAUUCGCCACGCCCGCCGCGGUGUUCUCCAACACGGUGACGGUGCCGAUCCACAACAACAUGUCCAUCGUGUACUGCACACCCUAUCCUCCUGGCUGGAUGAACUAUCACAAAUGGAUGACACUAGCCAAAGCCAUCAUCUACUACGGUCUCCCCCUACUGGUGAUUUCCUUCUUCUACUCCCUAAUGGCGCAGCGGUUGUUGGCCAGCACACGAGAGAUGCCGGGAGCCCUGCACGGCGGGCAGGGGGAAGCCCAGGCGAAGGCUAGGAAAUCGGUUGCUUGUAUGGUCCUCAUUUUUGUUAUAGUGUUCUUCAUUUGUUUUCUGCCAUAUCACGCCUUUGAGAUGUGGUUCUAUUUGUCCCCGACCGCUCAGAGUGACUACAAUGAUUGGACUCACGCUCUAAGGAUAAUGGGGUUCUGUUUGAGCUUCCUGAACUCAUGCGUGAACCCAGUGGCCUUGUACUGCGUGAGCGGCGUGUUCCGCCAGCACUUCAACCGUUACCUCUGCUGCCGUCGAGGCACGCUCCAUCCCACCUGCAGCUCCCGGCUCUCCAGGACUGCGGUCUGCGAGACCUCGUUCCGAAGCACGCACCGCCAUAGGUGCAAUAGGAAUCCAACAGAAAGCGUUGUGAUAUCCAACUACGACUACGGAAGCACUAAGAAGAAGACCAUCAUGAGCAGAAACAGCAGCGAUGGUGUCACCAUCAUGAGCAUCAGAGACACCAGCGACUUUCUGACCGGCGAUGACAAGUGUAUCAAUAGAUAGGUCAGAUUCCGGGACGCUUUUGAAGAAGUGUGAAAAAAAGACAAAAUUAAAUGUGCAGCUUAGUGUGAUGUGAGCUAUUUAGCAGUGUAUUAUAAAAUAGAACCUUGCUAGUUAAGGCUUACAGUGUCGUAAUGGCAUUUUAAAAAUGAACCUUGCUAGUUGAGGCUUAAGGUUGAUGUCAGAUGUGGAGUUAUCGGUAUGUGUUACUGGAGUAACACAUUUUGACGUUGUUAAUAAUGCUAAAGCGUUUUACAAAUAUGUAUAUGUAGAUAACAUAUUAUCUUAGCAAAUACGAUCAUGACAGUUUGUCAGAAUAAAUAUAUAUUUUUUAAUUAUUUCUGUUAUGAGUUAUGACCAUGAGGAGCCGCUGUCGUGAUGGCCUAAAUUUGUAAAAAAAAGGUAUAUGUAUAUUUAUUGAUAUUUUAUGUAGGUACAUAAUAUUCACCCACAUGUCUUGAGUGCAUUUGUGUUGAGUAUUGUUUUGGAACUAUGGAGAUUGUAAGCUUUGAGCUUUGAAUAUAGUUCAUCUGUGUCACUUGAAUUUAUAUUUCCAUGUUUCCAAGUUGAUUUUGGAAUCAGAGAUUUUAAGGUUAAUAACCUGCAACAGAAAAAAUAAAUAAAACAAACUUGAAAUAGAAACCAAAGCCCAAUUUACACGCCGCGAUAUCUUGAUCCAUCUAAAUGGGGCUUAAAGUCAAUGGCAAUCAAAACGACAAUGGCAAUCAAAACGAUGGGGCGAUUUGAAUUUUAUAAUCUUAUUGUUAUUAAACCGGUAUGGAUAUGGCAUUUAUAAAAGUUUCUUUUUAUUGUAAAAUUUGAAUCGUCCUCCUGGUUUUUGUGAAAAUUUCAAUACAUACGUGCAAUUUGCAAAACCUUUAUUUUGUAUUUUGCUCUGGUGACUCAAUACAUGGAUUAUGAUAGACUAAAAAUGCAAAAAUCAAAUUACAUGCACCUAUAAAAUAUUUUACAAACACAAUUAAAUAUCUUUUUGUAUGGCUGUGGAUAAAAAAAAUCUAAGAUGUAAAUUUAGAACAAUGAAUUUAAGAAUAGAAUUUUAAUGUAAGAUUACAUCAAAAAUAUGUAACAAAUCUAUUGUAAAUACAUAUUUUAAAAGACCAAAGAUCUAACAGAGAAAGUAUGAAUGUUGAUGAUUGUGUACAUUUUAUAAUAAAUAUUUAUUGUGUAAAUCUGCUUUCGAUUUGUAAUUUUUUGGCAAAGCCGAAUAAUGUCCUAGUGGUUGGUAGCUAAUACCAAAAUCAACUUUUAUACAGCAUGUUUGCAACGUCUGGCGGUGUAGCAUAAGUUGCGUUUUCGCGCGCGAGUCCAUACAUGAAGUCGCGCUUGAUGUAUGGUAUGGACUAUAUGGAGUCGCGCGCGAGAACGCAACGUCCGCUUCGGAAUCGCUUAAAAUAUGUAAUAAAUAAGCGAAAAUUAAAAACAAUAUAAUUAGUACUAUUGCGGGGUGAACUCAAGAGUAAACCUUGUUCCUUGUAUUAUUUUAGACAUCCUCAGGAAAUCUUACUUUACUCAAAGGUUUCGAAAGUACGAUUAAGAAGCAUGAAUAUGUACUAUCAAGGUUUUAUCACUCCCUUUCCUGUAACAUACCUACUUCAAUUACUAUUGUCUUUGUACAGAAAUUAUCAUGUUUAUUGUUACGAUGUAAAAAGGAUGUAAAGAAUCUUCAAAUUAAAUCGACGUCUUUGAG